CACACACACACACACACACACACACACAAGUGUGUGUGAAAAUAAGCCUUUAUAAUGAAUGGUGAAAAUAGCAGGUAGUAAAAAUGUGAGUAUGGUUCUUAUGAUUGAUUACAAACAUAAUCACAAAACACUCGCACGGACCGUGGAUUAUAACGCAGACCUUCACCACACGGCACACUGUACGACUAUUAAAGCAUAUCUGCCUGAAUCAAAAUGAAUCACUGAGUUAAACGACUCCGAAUCACUACAAGACUCGUUUUUGCGGAUAUGUAAAUCUAUCAGCCCGCGCACGGAGUUCCGAUUGGUCGGCAUUGAGCGUGAGGCCACGCCCACCCACACCCACUCAGUUUAUAUAAAGCGCCAGUGCGCGGCACAGCGCUUCACACAGAGUUACCUGCCUGGCUUUGGGUCCGGUUCACUUCACAGAUGGUGGUUCAGGUGGAGACUCGUAUCCGCUACAGCAGCAAGAGGAUGGACACAAAUCAGCCCAAAAUAGAGGCCAAUAUUUUACUGCUCGGAGCUGAGAAAGUGGGGAAGUCUGCACUAAUAGUGCGUUUCCUGACUAGAAGAUUCAUUGGAGAAUACGGCUCUAUAGAAUCCAUAUACAGUCAUCAUGAUAAGAUUGACGGCCGAGAUAUCUGCUUCAACAUCUGGGACUCACUUUGUCCACAGAAUGCUGAAGAAGCGGGCCACAUCAGCGACAGGCAGCUGCAGUGGUCCGACGGCUUCAUCCUGGUCUACAGCAUCUGCGACCGGGCCAGCUUCAACGUGGUGCGACAGCAGGUCCAACAUAUCCGCCAAGCGCAGCAGAAACUCUCCAGCUCCGCCCCGCUCAUCAUCGUGGGGAACAAACGAGACCUGCAGCACCGGCGCACCGUGUCCAGCGAGGAAGGACGGCUCCUGGCGUUCUCGGCCGACUGCGACUUCUUCGAGAUCUCCGCGGCCGAAGCGUACCACGGCGUGCUCAUGGUGUUCCACGAACUGCUCGACCUGAUCCGCGAGGCCAGGGCGCUCAAGAAGGGCACGGCCGGCUUCAGGGGCAUCGUCAGGAGUAUGUCUGCUGUUUUUGGGAGGAAGAGGACCGAAUAGACUGAAACGUUCCUCAGGAAAGAGGAAUGAAUAUUGCGUCCACAUUGGACUACGAUUAUUGACUUAUCGUGUUGGGAUUUGAAUGCUCUGUGAAUGUUCGAAUUCAGAGACGUCUUGCGGGGUCUUCAAGAUGUCAAGGACGAUAACUUUGUCUCGCACCACAGCACUGUUGCAUUCUCGAAUCUGAUUGGUCAGAAGGUGUUUUGUUUUCUCUAACUUGUCUCGUAGACGUUCCACAAUGGUACAUAUAACUAUAAACGGAUAAAAAUUAAAAAAAGCGCGAUUUGACGUCCGUUAAUAAAUGAAGAAAUUGUAAUCGUUGCCAAACUGCUGUGGUAUAAGCAGAAUAAACCACUUUGAGACGUACUGUUAUAGGAAAAGAAUCAGCUUCAGCGUGCUGACGGUCAUUGUUUCCCAUAACAGUACCCCCCCAAACCCCCCCCGUCUUAAUCCCUUCUUUCCAUAUUGUAUAAGAAAGCCCUUUAUUGUUACAUGUACAUAGUCAUUAGGAGGUUAUUUCUAUGCAAAGCAGACAUCUAUCUGUGUGCAUGUGACUUCAGUGCAUAAUGAGCCUUAUCGGUGGACACGGCGAGUCUCGGACAUUAAACCACAUUGCCUGGCUGACGAUCCUCCCCAGAGAACACUAGAUAUAUUCAAGAUGAAUCUUACACACGAUUACACCGGCGUGCACACACACACACACACACACACACACUAAUUUUGCUUUCUUUUCUUUUUUCUCUUUUUUUUUUUUUGAGUACUCUGACCAAAGAAUCUGAAUCCUAAUCUGCCCACACAGACAUGGUGGUUAUUAUGAGCUCAGGACUCGCCUUGAGUCAGAUGGGCUUUGAUAAAGCUUUGCACUCAUUUCACACUGACUGGAGAAGUGUUGCGUUACUUUAUUACACACCCUGAUGGUUCACCUUCUUUCUUUUUUUUUUUUUUUCUGUUUUUUUAAAUACAAAUGGAUCUGGCACAAAUCUGUUUCCUUUAUAGCUGCAGGGUGGUGUGUGUAUUGCUUAUAGUACAGAGAAGUCUGUUAAUGACUUUUAUAAUAAAACAUGAAUUGCAGUAAUCUGUGUAAGUCGUCUUUUUUUUUUUUCUGUUUUUUUAAAUACAAAUGGAUCUGGCACAAAUCUGUUUCCUUUAUAGCUGCAGGGUGGUGUGUGUAUUGCUUAUAGUACAGAGAAGUCUGUUAAUGACUUUUAUAAUAAAACAUGAAUUGCAGUAAUCUGUGUAAGUCUUCUUUUUUUUUUUUCUUCUCCUCCUCGCAAAUAAUCCAGACACUUGGGCAAGAACGUAUACCUUGAAUAGAGAUUAUAAUAAAACUAUUUAUUAAGGCUAUUUAAAGACACUUUUAUCAUUUGAAGCUUUUUAUUUUCAAGGCAAGUAAUAAAGUAUGAAAAGUCCAAAAAAAAAUCAGAAUGGAAAUUUCUGCAAAGCACUCUUGAAUUUUUUUUUUGCCCCCCCCCCCCUCCCAUAAUAAUAAUCAUCUGUAGACCUAUUUACAUUACUGCAAGAAAACCAACUAAAGUAUAGUGAAUAUGAGAGGUAAAAUGGGUGAUGUGUGAUGGUAAGAAUAUGACACAACUGUGAAUCUGCCUGGACCUUAAU